GAGAGAGAGGGAGAGAGAGAGAGGGAGAGAGAGGGAGAGAGAGAGAGAUGUGUGAUGAUGUUGUGACUUGCUGUGAGUUCUCAGAGUCACGUUAGAGGAGAAACAGAGUCCGGAUCAACCAGAGAACAAACCACCAGCGUUUAAAUCAUCUGAGCGGGAGAGAGAGAGACGCCAUGAUGAUUUAAAAUCAACACCUGCUGAUGACACGCGCUCACACCUGUCCGUUCUUCCAAAACUCCGCGUCGUUUUAACAUGUCUGGAGAGUUUGGGCGUAAAAGUGCGCGCUGCUCCGUGGCGCACCAUCUUCAUCUUCAUCUUCACCGGAUCUAGAGCCGAGCCGGAGCCGAGCCGGAGCCGAGCAGCAGCCGAACAGCUGCCGAGCAGCUGCCGAGCAGCUGCUGCCGUCAGAGCGUCUGAAAAUGGCUGAGCUGCGUCCCGCCCGGAGCCGCUCCGCUCCGAGACUCAGCGCCGUCUUCUGCGUCUUGCUGCUGGUCUCUGUGUCCGUGUCCGUGUCCGUGUCCGUGUCCUCCGCCAGCCAGGAUGUUGUUUCUGGAAACAACGAGACUCGGACACGGAACCCGACCCGGGUCCCCGAGCAGGACCAGCACCAGACCAACUCCUCGGCUCACAGGAAGGCUUUCCCCGUCCUCUCCUUCAACUACGAGCACGUCAGGAAGCCGUUUGAGAUCUCCCUGUGGAUCCUGCUGGCUCUGCUCAUGAAGCUGGGUUUCCACAUCAUCCCCCGAGUGUCUCACGUGGUCCCAGAGAGCUGCCUGCUGAUCGUGGUCGGUCUGCUCGUCGGCGGCAUCAUCAAAGCGAUCGGAGAGGAAGCCCCCAUCCUGGACUCCAAGCUCUUCUUCCUCUACCUGCUGCCGCCUAUCAUCCUGGACGCCGGCUACUUCCUGCCCAUCCGCCCCUUCAUGGAGAACAUGGGCACCAUCCUGGUGUUCGCGGUGGUGGGCACGCUGUGGAACGCCUUCUUCGUGGGCGGGAUGAUGUACGGCGUGUGUCAGAUCGAAGGCGCCCAGCUGAGCAGCGUCGACCUGCUGUCCUGCCUCCUCUUCGGCUCCAUCGUCUCGGCCGUCGACCCCGUGGCCGUCCUCGCCGUGUUCGAGGAGAUCCACAUCAACGAGCUGCUGCACAUCCUCGUGUUCGGGGAGUCGCUGCUCAACGACGCCGUCACCGUGGUGCUGUAUCACCUGUUCGAGGAGUUUUCCCACGCAGGGACGGUCACCGUGGGCGACGCCCUCCUCGGCGUCGUCUGUUUCUUGGUGGUGUCCCUGGGGGGCAUCAUGGUGGGGGCCAUCUACGGCGUCCUGGGAGCUUUCACUUCCCGCUUCACCUCUCACACCCGCGUCAUCGAGCCCCUGUUUGUUUUCCUCUACAGCUACAUGGCGUACCUGUCCGCCGAGGUCUUCCACCUGUCGGGCAUCAUGUCGUUGAUUGCGUGCGGCGUGAUGAUGCGGCCGUACGUGGAGGCCAACAUCUCCCACAAGUCCUACACCACCAUCAAAUACUUCCUGAAGAUGUGGAGCAGCGUCAGCGAGACGCUCAUCUUCAUCUUCCUCGGCGUUUCCACGGUGGCCGGUCCUCACGCCUGGAACUGGACCUUUGUCAUUUUCACCGUCAUCAUCUGUUUAGUGUCGAGGGUUCUGGGCGUCAUCGGUCUCACCUACGUCAUCAAUAAAUUCCGUAUUGUGAAGUUGACCAAGAAGGACCAGUUCAUCGUGGCCUACGGUGGCCUGCGAGGUGCCAUCGCCUUCUCUCUGGGCUUCCUGCUGACCAACAGCAAGUUGAAGAACAUGUUCCUCACCGCCAUCAUCACCGUCAUCUUCUUCACUGUGUUUGUGCAGGGGAUGACCAUCCGGCCUCUGGUGGAGCUCCUGGCAGUGAAGAAGAAGAAGGAGAGCAAAGGGUCAAUUAACGAGGAGAUUCACACACAGUUCCUGGAUCAUCUCCUCACGGGGAUUGAAGACAUCUGUGGACACUAUGGACACCAUCACUGGAAAGACAAGCUGAACCGCUUCAACAAGGCCUACGUGAAGAGGUGGCUGAUCGCCGGCGAGCGCUCCACCGAGCCGCAGCUCAUCUCCUUCUACAACAAGAUGGAGAUGAAACAGGCCAUGAUGCUGGUGGAGAGCGGGAGCGCCGCCAAGCUGCCCGCCAUCGUGUCCUCCGUCUCCAUGCAGAACAUCCAGCCUAAAGGUCCGGUCAGACAGCGAGCGAUACCGAGCAUCUCCAAGAGCCGUGAGCAAGAGAUCAGGAAGAUCCUGCGAGUGAACCUGCAGAACACCAGACAGAGGCUUCGCUCCUACAGCAGACACGACCUGAUGAUCGACCCGUUUGAGGACAAUGUGAGUGAGAUUCGCUUCAGGAAGCAGAGAGUGGAGAUGGAGAGGAGGAUGAGUCACUACCUCACGGUUCCUGCAAACCGUCAGGAAACUCCACCAGUGAGAAAAGUCUGUUUCGAACCAGAACAUCAGGUUUACACCUACGAUGACGGUGAGAGCCCGAGGAGGCGGGACUCUCAGCCUCAGCCCCGCCCUCCUGAUGCCGUCAGCCUGUUGAACGAGUCUCAGCCGAGGCCCAAUCAGAGCAGCACGCCGCGAGCUGAAGGCGACAUGGAGCUGAAGGCGAAGGCUCCAGACGAUCAGGAGGAGCAGGAGCAACUGAAGCUAUCACGCUGCCUCAGUGACCCGGGUCCAAACCAGGAGGGGGAGGGGGAGGGGGAGGGGGACUCCUUCCUGUCAUGAUGAAGCACAAACAUACAGUACUUGAAAGUGAAGGAUGUUUUCUCAUCGUCACUCGUGAUCUGAAUGGAUGGAAGUCGUAGCAAAGCUUCAUAUUUAUAUUUCAGUAUUAUUUUUUAUCUUGUGAUAUGGGAUUUUGGAUUUUGUCUUUUUCACAACUUAUGAUUUUCUCAUAGUUUCUACCAAAGCAGGCUCCACUGGCCGUCUGCUGCUUCAGGAUCAUGAGACUGGAAUGAGCCACAUUUUGUCUCAACGUGCAGAUCCGCAUCAAGUCCCACAACAAAGACAGAGCACUUCUUUUAACAAACUUGAAGCACCAGACGGGUGGAGUUUACCCACCUCAAAGCACAGUAUAACUACGCCAUAAAGUAGAGCCCGAACGAUAUGUCAGAAAGGCAACAACAAACAACGUCACAGACGUUUUUAAGAUAUGUUUGAGUUCAUGUGUCUGUCAACAAUUUGAUCCAGACUGAAAAAUCUUACUGGACAAACUUCCAUGAAAGUUAUUACAAACAUUCAUGAUCUCCAGAGGAUGAAUCUCUCUCACUUUGGUGAUCCUCUGACGUUUCCUUUGGUGCCACCACGAGGUUCACAUUUGUGCUUUUAAGUGAAAUAUCUGAAAAACCACUGUCAUGAAAUUUGGUUCAGACAUGCAUGUUCCCCUCAGGAUGAACCGUAAUCACCUUUAACUUUUUACCCAGCAUCCCCUUCAGGUCAAAUGAUCAAUUUGUCCCCUCGGUUUCUGACCAAAUAUCUAAUCUCAUUCCUAUCAGCCUUAGCUUCUGUGCUAAUUAGCAAAUGUUAGCAUGCUAACAGCCUAAACUAAUAUGAGGACGGUGCACAUUUUACCUGCUUGGCAUCAGCGCGUUAACAUUGUGAUUGUGAGCAUGUUAGCAUCCUGACAUUAGCAUGUAGCUCAAAGCACAGCUGUACCUACACACAGACUCUUUAACUAUAAAGUGCUGCUCUGUAAAUGUCUAAAAAACUAAACCAACCUUAAUGACUUCUUGAUUAAUGAUUGUUUGUGUGCUGUUUAAUUUUUGAACUCUAAUAUCAAUGUUGGUAAAUGCCUUAAAACUCCUUACUGACAGGCCAUAAUAUCAAGUGUAAAAUACUGAAGUCGACUCAGUUUGUUUGGAUAGAAAACACCAUUCUGCUAAUUGAAGAAUGCUAAAUUAGCUUCUUAAAGUCAAAGCUGCAGAUAUUGUUGGACCGACGUCUGUGAAGAAGCUUGGCACUGUUUGUCCGUCGCUGCAUGACUGCUCAGUGUUUUCUCAGGGACUGCAACAUGGCUCCUGCUAACAGACGCCGUCUGUCCUCAGUGUGCUGCACAGUGACUGUCUGUGAUGUGACUGCUUAUAAGCCAAAGUGUUUUAACUGCCAACAGCUUCAGUAACAUUUCCACAGUGAUGUUAAAUAAACAGGGUGUUUCACUGGAGGUUAAAGAGAUCAGCUCUGCCUGAGCUUCAGCUGCCGAACGUUUGCCUUAAAAUGUUUUUGCGUUCUUUCUGUGUUUGUUUGCAAGUUGAAGUAUUUUUGUAUCUUGGAAAAAAAAAAAGUGUCGUAGUCAUGAAUGUUUGUCAAAUGAAGAAAAAGCUUUAAAUCCUGUCUGAAAUAAAGGUUUGUCCCAGUCGAUGUUCA